GACCGCGGAGACGACUGGCAGAGCGAGGAGCUGGACGCAGGGUGGCGGCGCAGUGAGGCUGCAGGGUGGUGGGCGCUGCUCGAGGGCUUCGGGAGCGCAGCCGUGACCCCUGCGGACCUGGAAAGGCCGUUCCUCACUUCGGCCGAGCACCUCCUGCGCCUGCCCACCCGGAGCCGAGCGCCGGGACCAUGUCGGCCUACCCCAAAAGUUACAACCCUUUCGACGACGACCCGGAGGAUGAGGGCGCCCCUCCGACACCGUGGAAGGACGUCCGCGACCUCUCCGACGGGCCCGGCGCGCCGGCGGAUCGGCAACAGUACCUGCGGCAGGAGGUGUUGCGCAGGGCCGAUGCCGCGGUCGCCAGCACCAGCAGGUCCCUGUCGCUCAUGUAUGAGUCCGAGAAGAUCGGGGUCGCCUCUUCAGAGGAGCUCGUCCGUCAGCGAGGAGUCUUAGAACGCACAGAGAAGAUGGUGGACAAAAUGGACCAAGAUUUGAAGAUCAGCCAGAAGCACAUUAACAGCAUUAAGAGUGUGUUUGGGGGGUUUGUCAAUUACUUCAAAUCUAAACCAGCAGAGACUCCACCUGAACAGAAUGACACCCUCAUCCCCCAGCCCAACAGCAGGUUGAAAGAAGCUAUAAGUACAAGUAAAGAACAGGAGGCACAGUACCAGGCCAGCCACCCAAACCUCAGGAAGCUGAAUGACUCAGACUCCAUCCCUCAAGGGGCCGUUUCUGCUGUGAAUACCGAGGCUUACCCGAAGAACCCACACCUUCGAGCCUAUCAUCAGAAGAUCGACAGCAACCUAGAUGAGCUGUCCACAGGACUGGGCCGGCUGAAGGACAUAGCCCUGGGGAUGCAGACAGAAAUUGAGGAGCAAGAUGACAUCAUUGACCGCCUCACAAACAAAGUGGACAAGUUAGAUGUCAAUAUAAAAAGCACAGAAAGAAAAGUUCGACAGCUUUAAAGACAGUGAAGAAUUUCCCCUCCAUUAUGAUGAAAAGAUCUGAAGGAUCUUCUUUUAAACUCCCAAGAAAUUUCAUUUAUAAUUUUCGUAUGUAAUUUAACAUGUUUGCAAAUGUUAUAAUAGAGUGGGCCUUAAGAGAUUUUGUUACGAGGAA